AAUCCUAGCAAGAUGGCGGCGCCCAGGGCGUCCCUGCGGCUAGUGGCCCCGGUAUGGAACAGGGGUACCAGCGGCAUCCGUGGCCUGAGCCAGGCAGUGGACCCGGAGGGCAGUCAGAGGAAGGGGAGGACGCUACUCCGGUUCCUGACUGACCGCUUCUAUGACGUGGAGGCUGUGAGGGAGUACCUUCUCCGGAAGCAGGUGUUGAGGGUGCAAAAGAAAAAUCGGUCCUUCACCUACAUCGAGGAGCGAUACGGCCCCUACGUCGCAGGGGCCUAUUUCGUCUUGAAGCAAGGAGGCGCAGUCAAGUUUCGGGACAGGGAGUGGAUGCGGGCAAAUGAGCAGGGCCUUUCCUCUCUUGAGUUCCGGAAGCUCCAGGAGGUGCCCGUGGAGGCUGUGGAUGCCAGUGGUUGUGCCAUCAACUACCAAGGCCUGGACAACCUCUUGGCCCUGAAGGAGCUCCAGUCCCUAUCGCUGCGGUGCUGUCCCCACAUGGAUGACUGGUGUCUUGGCCGUCUCUACCACCUAGCUGACUCGCUGCAGGAGCUCUCGCUGGCCGGCUGCCCCCGCAUCUCUGAACGGGGCCUCGCCUGCCUCCACCACCUCCAGAACCUCCGCAGGCUGGAUAUCUCCGACCUUCCUGCCGUGUCCAACCCGGGCCUCACUCAGAUCUUGGUGGAGGAGAUGCUGCCCCACUGUGAGGUUCUGGGGGCUGACUGGGCCCAGGGCCCCAAGGUGGGGCCAGAGGAGCAGUCCCCGGAUGCAGCCGGCAGCCCCAUCCCCGCCUAGCCUUCGGCCCCUCCCCAUCAAGCAGGGUCUCGGCCAGGCUGUGCUGAGCGCCCAACAGCUCAUCCUUCUGGCCCCGCUGGGCUCACUCAACUCUUGGGGGGUCGGGCUGGGCUGAGGGAAGGAGAGCCUGAGCUUGGGACAUUUGUUCUCCGCUGCCGGGGUACUCGCUGGCUGUACCCAGCCUGAAGCUCCCAGCUCCUCAGCUUGUCAGGUAGCCCUCUUCACAUGCUUCUCUCCUUCCCAGUUUCGGGAGCCCCCUUCUCCAGCCUGGGGGAGGUAAGGGCCCUGGCUGCAAGUAGCCCCGGGGAGCUGCACUCUCCCUUGUGAUUGCCCCGCACCGAGCCCACUUCUCUGGCAAGAGACUUCUCUUGACUUGUUAGAAGUCGGAUUAUCCCACUUGCAUGUGCUCCUGUUUCCUGCCAGGGAGCACUACUGGCAUUCUACAGGGCUAGUUCUUCCCUGUGUGGGACGACUCGGCUCACUGCAGGCUGCAAUAUCCCUGGUCCAUACCCACUACCCGCGGGGAGUCCCACAGCGUUCCCCUUAUUGAGUUACUGACGCUCAGCUCCAAAUUCAACGUUGUUUGCUCUGAAAAUUGAUCUGGGCCUUUGAAGUAUUCUUUGCUAACUGGCCUGAUAAGGGUUGCCAGUAGAGGGCAGCCGAGAGAUGUUCCUCAAGGGAGGAAAGGCUUUUGCUUUCUGGCUCAGCUCAAAGGUGCUUGCUCAGCUGCCGUGCAGCGCAUGGUGGUGCAGGGCUCCCCGUAUCUGCUGAGGUGAAUCAGGUGGUCAGCAGCUUCCCCUGGCGCCCUCCACCCGCCCCCACCCCCCCGCAGAAGACAGCCUCCACUGAGGUGUCUCUCGGUGAAUGCCCCUCCACCAUACCCCUGAAGGUGGAUUUCCAGUAACUCCCAGGGCCCCUUACCAAUGAAUCCCCUCCUUACUUCACUUUGCUGUUAUAGUCAUUGAUUCUCUAUAUUAAACUUUCC